AACGGUCAAGAAAGGCAAAAUAAGUAGCCGAUUUUGGAGGCGAUUCUUGUUGGCGCCUCGUCGGUCCGGUUGCCUGGAUUUAGGUCUUUUCUGGAGUUGCCUCUUCUUCCAAGAAACAAUCUUGCUACUAUGUGGCAUUCUCAAAAGCAGAACCACAGAGCAAAUCGUCAUUAAAUGUUCAGGAAGGCCCAUCCUUAAACUCUAUGACUGUGAAAAGCAGUGGAAACUUGAAAAGAGGUUGUGAAGAGUUAGUAGGUGCGAUGAAAUUUAAGACCUCUAAUUUAGAGUCGGGAUCUGUAAAGGCGAUUGAACUGUGUUAAAGGGACAUAUAACUGAAAAGGCAUCAAUGGUUGAUGGUAGUAAUGCAUAUGCAAAGGCUAAUUUAGGAGCUGAACAGGUGAAUGUUCGUAGACAUGGCAAGCUUAAUAAUAGCUUGACAUAUAGAAAUUCACGAUGGAAAGAAAUUCUCAAAAACAUGGAUGAAUGGAGUGUGGAGAAGGUUUCUAGGAAUGAAGGUAGGGAGAGUGAGACACUGUAUAGCUGUAGGAAGGAUGCCGAGGAAAUUGAUGGUAUGAGGAAAGAUAAAGAUGUGGAAAUCUCGUCAAUGAUUACUAUAAAAACAGACUGGAAUCUUAUAGGAACCAGUUACACGACGCUGAUGAGCAUUCCAGAUUCAGAUUUUCAUGACUUUGAUGAUGACAAGACUGAAAAAGCAUUUGGUGAAAAUCAGAUGUGGGCUGCUUAUAAUGACGAUGAUGAUGGGCUGCCUUGAUACCAUGUGUUAUCUCAUGAUGUCAUAUCUAGAAGAGCAUUCGAAAUACGAAUCAAUUGGUUGAAUUCCUAGAGCAAAACUGAAGUAGGAGAGAUUAAUUGGGUUGCAUAGGGUAUCCUAAGACCCAUAAAGAUUUCAGCUUGGGCAAGCAUAUAGUCAAUACCUCCCUUAACUGUUUCUCACACAAGAUCCAAUGUAUGAAAAGCAACAAAGGGCUUAUUCAAAAUUUCCCAAGAAAAGGUGAUGUUUGGGCCCUAUAUAGGAACUGGUCCCCUGACUGGAAUGAGUUUACCCCCAAUGAUCUGAUACAUCAAUAUGACGUGGUGGUAAUUGUUGGAGAUUAUAUUGAGGAGGAGGGUGUAAUGGUAGCACCAUCAGGUAAAGUUGUUGGUUUCAAGUCUGUGUUUCGUCAACAUUUGGAUGUAACAGAAACUUGGAUAAUUCUUUGAGAAGAGAGUUCCGAUUUUCUCUUCAGGUUCCUGUUUUUAUGCUCACAGGUGACCGAUUUCAUAAUUAUCCCAAGGGUUGCUGGGAGCUUGUUCCUGCAGCACUGCCUUUGGAGCUUCUUCAGACCAGAAUAGAACCGCGGAUAAAUGGAUCCAAAUGUAUUCUAGAAGGAAGGUGGCAAGAGGCAGAAAACUUAAAGGGAAAGAAGUUGGAACUCAAUCAACAUGAAGUGCUCAUUAGAAACUCAAAAUUUUCGGAUCGCAUUCUCUGCAACCAGUGGACAGUUCAAAGAGCAAAAGUUUCUGGUAGAUUAAGUUGUUUCAAGGUUACCUACUUAUUCCUCCUUAUAUGAACUGUUUUUUUGUUUCCAUUUUUGAGCUUAUUGAAAUUAUGCAUACUUAGAAGCAAUAAUUUUGGAAAUAAUCAAGAUUUUUAUUAACAACUGACAACUUCCUGUGUUUUGUCAUCUGAGAUUUAUGCUGUCUCUCCAAUGC